AAUUAGAGUGUCGUCGGCCAUAUUGAUUUUCCGCAUUUGGCGAGAGAGCCAUUCUGACCCCUUGUUUACCUUAAUUUCCCCCUCCGUAUCUAGAGUUUUGGCCUCUCAUUGAUAAAAAUGUCUGUAGCCGACAAGUUAGACGCCGCUAGGCACUCUAUAACGGGUUCUUAUGUGGCUAAAGUUGUCUGUAAGUCUUCGAGCCGUGAGGUUAUGGGUCCGAAAAGGAAGCACUUGGAUUGUAAGCUUAAGUUUGGUUUGCAUAGAUUUGAGAAAAUAUUAUGGAGAUUUUGUUUCCUGAGGUUAAUGGCAGUUUGUGUGUUGCAUUUUACUCUAUAGAUCUGACCGCGUGCACACAUAAUGACAACGUUUCCAUCCCAAAUUUAGCGGAGUUACUAUUCGAGCGAUGCACAAACUCGAGUUGGGUUGUAGUUUUCAAAGCCGAGUGCACCUUCCACCAUUUGAUGUCGUACGGAAAUGAGGUGAGAAUGAAAAAGUUAAUUGUUGUUAUCCCGAGCAAGCUUUCUUAGAGGUGUGAAUAUAAUUUACCACCCGUCCGCAGAUGUUUUGGAGGCAGAAUAGUUACCUGUCUCGAAAUUAUUUUAUUUUUCUUUUCGUUUGUCACUAAAACUGGCGUAUCUCUUGUUUGGAUCGAAUGUCAGUGUCUAGCGGAUUUUGUUGUCGUCUCGCAUGAAGAUGUCAGUUGUUGUCAUGACUGCUUUUAGUGUUAGAACGCUUUAGCGAUACGCGAGCCACUGUUACCCAGUUGUUAUGAUUAUAUGACAGUACAGAACUUAAAUUGUCAAUGAGCCGAGAACGACUGCACUUACGCACACCUUGAGCUGGAACUUCGCAUAAUAUUAACUCACGUUCAGUCUCUAAAUUACACUUUAUAACUACAUUAUCUGUUUGAUGUGUUGUCUAAUCAUCCAUUUUAUGAGAAACUUUAAUAGAACAACUUGAGUUAUUUUUGGCGUAUUACUAUCGUUUUCCAAGUUUUCCUAAUGAUUUAUGAAUAUCGUGCUGUUGGUGUUGAAAUAAUUUGCCGUAGAUAAAGGUCACAGAGUAGCAUUUUUAAAUAGGCUUUGUUGCUGCCAAUUUUUUCCGUUCCUUGUAAAUUUAACAUAAACUUUGAUGAGAGGUGUUAAGAGAUUUCAGUUUUAUAAUAAUGAUAAUAUCUGUUCUCCUCAACUUUAGAUAACUAGCACUUUAUAGUAAUUUAUCUCCACUUUUAAUUUCAAGGUUAAGAGGUUCAGUUUUUGUGGAGGGACUUGCAGUGAUUUUAGAGCUUAAAAUUCCAGCCUUAUUUUUUGCUUAAAGUUCUAUUUCUUGUUAAUGUGUCCCUUUCAUAAAAACAAGUGAUUUAAAAUGUGCAGUGUGCUAGUUGUCUGAAUAGAACUGAGGCUUAUCCAGAUGAUUGUGGUUAUGUCUUAUGAUAAAAACUACAAAAAAAAUUGCAAAAACAAAAUUGUAUUGAAACCACUCUUAGAUUCUUGGGGCAAUCAGUAUCUUAGCACGUAUCAUUAAUUUUCCUCAGAAUUAAAUGCACUUAAGUAGAAUAAUAAUGGAGACCCUGUCGUUUUUGUAUGCUUAGAUGAUUGAGCUGAUUGUACCAAAAUCAUUUAUAAGUUUUAAGGAAAAUUGCAUGGGGGAAUCUAGAUGAUCUGGAAUGAUAGGGAAACCAGUCUCAAGCAAACUAGCAUAUUUUCCCUCCAAAACUUUGGCAAAACACCGAGUCAUUUUGUUUCAGCCUUCAGGAUCAUGUACUACCUACUUGCUGGGGAGUGAAUAUUGCUGAAUAGCCUGAUUGGGGCUAACCGAUCAGAUUGUUUAAAACACCAAGGCCACUGAAUGAUUAUUAUCUGUUUGAAUUGUAUUCCAUUUCAGUUUAAUAUCAUUAUUUAUUUUUUGGCUUUAGAGGUUUAUUCAAUAUUUGGCAUCAAGAACCUCCAACUUCAGUCUUGGUAACUUUCUGGACAAAAGUGGUGUACAAGGUACAGUGUAUGUGCAUGUAGUAUUGGCUGUCACGCAUGGCUUGCAUGUUACAUAAAAUAAUCUAAAUAAAGGAACGCAGUAUGGGAAAAAAUCAUCAUGUUCCUUUGAAAUGUAUUUAAACAUUCUUACAGUUUUAUCCCCGUAAAUCGUCUCAGGUUGUUGUUUUCUUUUGACAAGGAUAUGAUAUGUCUACUUUUGUGAGAAGAUAUGGAAAAUAUUUGAAUGAGAAGGCAUCCUCUUACACAGAAAUGGGAUAUGACUUCUGUCGACUAAAAAGAGGGUAAGAAACUUCUGCUUAAUUUGUGUCUCAUAGUCGGAUGUCCUUUACAUGACUGUAUGCACAGUGUUCUCCCAAUUUUAAAACAACUUAGGGAGAAGAAGUUAAUUGUUUGUUUUAGUAAAGGACAAUUUGUUCAAAUUAUAAUAUAAUUUAGGUGCUCUGGAAAGGGAACUCUGUUUGGCUCAAAUUAUCUCCUACAGGUUUGAAAGACAUUGUUUAUCUGUAUCAGGAUUCUAUUUUUGAUGUACCUUACAUGUAUUUGCAAAGAAAUAACUAACUUUUUACAUUUUUCUUUUUAGUAAGGAAGAAGGUGUUAUAAGAACCAUGGAAGCUCCAAAAGUAAGUUAUCCAAUCUUUGAUAAGGUUUAAUUGUUACCAUUUGUUACCUUUACAAUGAAAAAUUAAAAGUCUAUGAUUAUGAUGGUGAUGAUGAUUAUUAUUAUCAUUUUUGUAACAUGUAUGUAGAAGUUAAUUUUUUAUUUCAGGUAAUUUUUGUUUUUCUUUUGUUUUUGGGUAUGGUAAUAUAAUUAUGCUGAUGAAGUUGAAACAAAAGAAAAAUAAAAAUUACCUGAGAUAAAAAAAUUAACUACAACAUGUACAUCCUAGGAAUUUUUAGUUUGUGUGCAGAUACAAUGUAAAUGUACAUGUGAGUGAAGAGUACUACAUGAUUGUACACUUUUACAGAGCACUUGCACCACUCAUGAGUUUGAAAUAAAGAAAGGUUAUGCAAUUGAUAUGUUUUAUAAAUGAAAUGAAGCUGACUGUAAAGGCUGUGAAAUUGGGGGAACUGUCCUAUUACAUGUAGUUCCUAAAACAGUCAACUCUCUUUAACUGCACACUGCUCCAUUAUACAAGAUUGACACCUCCCUAAAGCAGGUACAUGUAGUUAGACCCUGCUGCUCUUGAAUGAUUUUAUUUGAGAUGGAUACAUCUUCAAGAUAGGUGUUUAGGCAGUUUCUUUUGUGUCUGUCUUAAUUGGUUGAUGUCUGUUCUUACUGUUUCCCAAAUACAUGUACAUUCUGUAUAGGGCUUCUGAUAUUUCACGCAGUCGCGGAGCCGCGAAAUUCGGGUAAAUCUGCAAAAUCCCGCGAAAUUCACAAAAACACACAAAAUAUCGUGAAAUUCGGUAUAAAUCUUAUUGAAUACAUGUCGGUACAGCAUUUUUGAAACUUAUCUCAGUUUACUUGCCAUAAACUUGCAAAUUUAUCUUGAAACUUCGUCACUAAAACGUGCAAACAACGUCCGAAACUACCAGGCGUAGAUUAUGUUGCGAAAAACUGGGUACUAGCCAUGAUGGUAAAGGCUUUGCCAUUGGUUCAUUUCUGGAGCAUAUUGUUGUUGAAAGAGCAAAUGAUGACUUCUGUUAGAAAAACAUUAAAAGCGCUGGUCUGAUCAGCGCAAAACUGAUCGAUUGCUAGAGAAAUUUGCCCCGAAAGUAACCACAAAAUCCGCCGUUUCUUUACUGCUUGCUCUUCAGUGAAGUUUGCCCGGAAAAUUCCAGCGAAAUCGGCCGAUUUUUCCACGAAUUUGUCCCUAAGAAUCCCGCGAAAUUUGCCUUUUUUUUUUGCAACCUAUCAGAAGCCCUGUCCGUAACUCUAAUGACAGCAGACUGUUUAAACUCUUCCUCCUUCAUACAUUAGGGAGCUUAAGCAACAGCAUUUUUGAGCGACGGACGUCAACCGGAAGUGGACUUUUUGCAUCAUUGGGGAGCGGUUUGGUUGAAACUCUUGGGUAAAUCGUCUUAAAAAUAGAAAAGAAACUCAGCAAUACAAGUUUGUUAGCAUCAAGGCAUAUAAAAAGGGAGAAGGCCUCACUUCCGGUUGACGUGUGUCGCUUAAAAACGUCUUUGCUUAUGGUCCCUAUUGUCUUUCUGCUUGAUGUUAACUCAAUCUUUUUCUUGCUUGUAAUUUGAACUGGUGCCAAAACGUUUCACAUAGAAAGUUAGUAUCCAUUUAUUUUUGCUCCAAAUAAUGCCUGCACCAAGGGCUACCCCUCUCUUGUUAGAUACAAAAUUAAGCUAUAUACCAAUAUGUCAUGUUUUCUCCUAUUUUGACCAUGUAGAUGAUGUUGUUAUGUUCCCUUUAUAGCUUCUCAAAGCUCUACCUGUCCUGCAACAACAGAUUGAUGCCUUACUUGAAGUAGAUGUAAGUAUCUUUUAUGGUUGUGUUUCUCUUUUAUUGCUAAUUGGCAUUUAUUUUUGUCUUUUUUUAUGUUUUGGUCUUGUAAUUUCUAAAUACAGCAGUACAAGGCUCGAAAUAAUUUCCGGUGAGUCUCCGGACACCGUGACUGGCCAAAUUCAUUCUAGUGCGAUCACAUAUUGUUUCUGGCCGGUCAAAUUUAUGAGAUAAAUAACUCUUAAAACAAGGGUCCAUGAAUCAAAACUGGCUUCAUAUAAUUAUUUCCAAGAAACAGAGCUUCUGAUACUUCUUGGGGUUGUGGAGCCGUGAAAUUCAGGUAAAUCAACGAAAUCCAGCGAAAUUUGCUAGAACUCUUAUCAAAUACAUGUCGAACAUAUUUGAAACUUAUCUUGGCUAUAUUCAGUAUAUUGGGGCUGUUUAAUUGCCGUAAACUUCAUCACCACAAGGUGCAAACAAUGUUCCAAAACUACCAGGCGUAAUUGAAUUAUGUUGCGAAAGACUGAGCACUAGUCAUGAUGUUAAAAGCUUUGCAGUUGGCUCAUUUCUCAAGUGCUUUAUUGUUAAAAUAGCAAAUGAUUAUCUCUGUUAAAAAAUGUUAAACAUGCUCGUCAGAUCAGUGCAAAAUUGAUCGAUUUCUAGGGAAAUUUUCCCAGAAAAUUCCUAUGAAAUUGGCAAUUUUUUUACUGAUUGUUUUUUUGUGGCAAAGUUAGCUCUGAAAAUUUCAGUGAAAUCCCUGUGAAAUCAGCCAAUUUUUCAUGCGUGAACCCCAAUGUAUUUCCAUGCCUGAAAAGAACGGUUCUAGUUUCAUUUCACCCAGGAUUACAGAUCAAAGUUCCACAAUACACAGCGACUCGCUACAUACUGAUAACAACUGAAACAACUGAACAUGAUGGAAAUUUUGAUUUAUUUUAUUUUCAAUACGAUCGAAUGUGACCGGACAACAUGACUGGCAAGAUGAAAGGUUGACCGGUCAACUCCCCAAUCAGUCCGGACAUUGUCUGUUGACCGAGCCCUACAGACACAAAGCAGACCUGUGCUGAACCACUUUACCAUGCCUUCUCCAGGGGACUCUUAUUACUUUGUACUCUGCACAACAGUUCAACAAAAACAUAGCCACACAAUGAAAUAUUGUACAUGCACAUGUGCCUUUUAACAUUCUUUUGUGAAUUAAAACUGUGUGGUUUGAAUGCAAGCUAUCUUGUAUUUCUGAUGUGUACAGUGCAUGAAUGUGAUCUGCUGUCCACAAUUUAAAAAGUUUAUAUCCUUUUACCCUAAUUAUUUUACUUUCUCUAUAGAUAAAGUCAAGUGAACUAACAAAUGGUGUGAUAAACAGUGUAUUCGUACUCCUGUUUAAGGUAUUGGAGAGAAGUUCCUUUCUACGUUGUUGUUUCUUAUUAACAGAAUAUUUUGCCUGUUCGUUUUUGUUAGUAAAUCUGUAACCAAUCAUUUUGCUGGGCUGGCAGAAUUCAGCUAUCUUGUACACUGACAGAAGAGAAAGUUUGUGUGUGCCUGCUGUUAAGAAAAUGACACCUCUAUCUCUCUUUAAAAAGCACGUGUAUGUUGGGACUGUGUGAGAAUCCUGGAAAAUACAUUAUUGUAUCUUCAUUAAGGCAGCUUUUGCAAAUGUUGUUUUACUCUAUGCAAAUACAGUGGUCGAAUUUAGGAAAUGGCUUUUCUUUUCUUCUUGCCAAAUAUGUGCUGUGAAUAUGUUCUAUGCAAAGACCAUUAACAUAAGUAAGAAGCUAAUAGAAACAAGUACAGCUGUUACAAAGUUUUAAGUAAUAAGCUGGCUUUUAAGGUAAGCAAAGGUGGGAAACAGUUCUUACAUGUACAUGUCUUGGUUGUGUUGCUCACUUUGCCGACUUGUGUAAUGUCUCUUCACCAAUAUCUGAAUCAAUGUAUUAUAAUUUGCUGUAAAUUUUGCUAUUUCAAAUAUUUUUAGAUUUCAGUUAUGGCACUUUUUCUGUUCUGUUAUUAAUAGUUAUGUAGGAUAAUUGUUGUAGAUUUGACAUUGUUUUUGCAAUAUACUUUCAGGAUUUGAUCAAAUUAUUUGCUUGCUACAAUGAUGGUAUAAUAAAUUUGCUUGGUGAGUAGUGCAUGCUUGUGUCCAGUUUGUAACUUUGUGCAUGCUAUGUACAUUAAUAAUAUAAUGUGAUAGGAUAAUAGUGAGUUUAAGCAACAAAGGUGGCUAUGGUAAUGAGAACAGCAAAAAAGCAAUAGGUUUUAUGAGCAUACAUGUGCAUGUAAGAACAUUUUUGCACACACAUCAUGCUUUUUGUACAUUUCUCUGAUGUUCCUGAACAUGAACACGGAGAAAAAAUUUCUUUUUCUUUUUCUAAACUUAGAUACAGACCUUUAGGAUGCAGCCCUAGAAAUAUUUGCUAACAAUUUACAAAUUGGAUGAGAAGGAACAAGGGCGAUGAAGUUUGUAACAGUGCGAACAUUAAUUUUUAUUAUUUUUUAAUAAUAGAAAAGUACUUUGACAUGAACAAGAAAAACUGUAAGGAUGGCCUGGACAUAUAUAAAAAAUUUAUUACAAGAAUGGAUAGAGUAUCAGACUUUUUAAAAGUUGCCGAGGAUGUGGGUUUUGACAAAGAUGAUAUUCCUGAUCUUAGCAAGGUAGGCAGAAUUAAGCAGCAGCUUGUUUGUAGGCAACAGAGAAACUACUCAAAAAAUCAAACAAAAUAGCCCAAAACAUGCUUAUGUCUUCAGUGUACAUACAGACAUUAACAAAAUCAAACCAGAACCAGCAAAUCUCCCAAAAGUGAUUUUGUUACAAAUAGUUGUGGUGAGUACUGGGACUCAUUUUAUUUGUGAAAAAACAUGAGUCCCAGUCCAGAACCAUUGAAACCAAGCUAAAAAACAAUAGUUCUAAAUUGACAUUGCUUGGGCCUUUUUGUAGCCAGACUGUUUUAACACCAAAAUUCUGUCAGUCCUUCUAUUACUAGUGCAACAAAGACUAAAAGAAAUAUGUUUCGUUAAAAUCAUACGAACAGGAUAUUCAACAAAACUGUCUUCAGAUUGACCCAUUGAUACUUGCAUCCCAAGGGACACAUGGCAUGAAUUAUUUUGCAUUUUUGGAGACAGGGAUGCAGGGCACAGAGUAAAAAAAUCACUGCACCAAAACCCUUGGGACGGGAACAGUCAAAGUUCCCAUAAGUGACCACCCAAAAUGUGAAGAGUUACAGACUGUAGUGGUUGCAUACCAGAGGUGGUUACCUACAGGAAUUAGUCCUCAGGGGAUCCCUUCCAAGUGGAGAUCCCAAUACAUUUUGGUUCUUCACUUACUCUGAGUAUCGUAGUACACACAGUAGAUCAGAGAUCAGACCAUGAGUCAAGAAGUCGUUUACAAGGGAGUAAAAACAAUUGAAAAUUAUAGAAGCGUCAGCCCAAAAGGUGCUUGCUUACGAAAGGUGUUAACUAUUAGGGUUUGCCUGGAAAGUUUUGGUGUUUUGGUAGAUGGUCACCUACAAGAAGUGGUCGCACAUGGAGGUUCGACUACAUUAGAUUCUGAUAAACUGCUCACCGACUUCAACAAUAUAUAAUAACAAUACAAUAAUAACCCAACAACCCAACCCAAAGUUUUGCCCUACAGUGUAAGUGCCUAAGUGAGAAGUUACUGUUAAUGCAUGUCAGAACUGUUUCUCCAGACAGUAAACUCGCGCUCACGAUAAAGAACAGAACUGUUUUAAUGCUUCUAACUCUCUCUAGGUAAAGAUUACAACUCUUGCCAUGUGCUUUUUUCUGCUGAUCGAUCACUUCUUGAAGUGAUAUCCUAUAAUAUCCAUGAUCCUAACUCCCAGGCCCCAAUGACCUUAGGGAGUGCCUGACUAGUGUACAAAGUAAAAAAAACUUUAACAAAACAUUCUUAACAUCCCAGUAUCAACCUACAAAUUCUCAAAAUACAGUAGGUGGGCAGUUUUGCAGAUUCUUAUACUUAUCUUGGUUGGUCAAAUAUUGUAAUAUCAGACUUGUUGAAAUGUGAAAGUCAACUACUGGUCUACGUGUUCUUUUGUGUCAGGCACCUAACAGUCUUUUGGAUGCCCUUGAAAAUCAUCUACAAUCUCUGGAAAAAGGCAAGACGAGCAAUCCACCUACAUCAAAGUAAGUGCCUUUCAUUGUUGAUAAUAAUCCUUUCAAACAUUCCUUUAAACAAGGACACCAACCAAUGUUUGGGGUGAUUUGUAAGAAAAUGCCACCUGAAGCUGCCUCUUCAUUUCCUUGUGGUUACUCGCUCGAGUGGAAUGCAGGAGAGGUUAGGGUUAGAGUAGAAAUCUGGCUCGUUAAAGUGUUUUUUACCAUGUGUGUGCCUGAAACAAACUAAUGUUUUGAAGAAAGGAGACAAGUUGGACAAAGACUUACUAUGUUGUCAACGUAUCAUGUUUCUAUCUAAGGAGCCAGUUCGAACAUUUCUGUUGACAUUUUGAUAGCCAGGUAAAAUCCUCCCUCUCAUUCUGACAUCCUCUAAAAUUACUGACAACUAUAUACACAUGUGCUUGCAGCUGUAACUGGAAACUUCUGAAAAUGUUAUUGCGAUCUUAUCACCACACACACACUUUAUUAACAACUGACAUGCAUGAAGUCUGUUUCCUCCUGCAAAUAGCAGGUGCUAGUCGAGUCGGGCAGAGAAACGUGUACAGCAGUCAGUGAUAAAUAGAAUGGUUAAUUAAAAAAUAAUAAAGGAAUAAAACUUAAAUGCGAAUAAAUGACAAUUACAAAAUCAACCACUUGUAUCAGUUACAGGUGUAUAUAACUGCAAAACUCAAUUAAGCUAUUCAUACUGUGUAGUUUGCCAUUUUCUAAAGCAGAAUGGGCACUUCAACAUAAUUGUCCUUAGCAUCUAAUAUUAAAAGCAACAUGUUAUUGAUAUGCACCUAGCAAAAGAACCUUGGGUUUGAUUCAGUCAAAAUAUGUUAAUGUAAAACUUGCCGGAGGAAGAGAACCUGGUCUCAUGUUCAUGCUAUUCAUUAGCUUUAGUGAAAAGAUAACUAAUGUUAGUGGGAACAGUUGAAAAUGAGACAUUGCACAUUAUUGAUGAAACUGUUUCAACGUAUAACAUAUUUAAAGGGAGGAUUUUUGAAGAGGUAAAUAAAGGCACCAUAUGUGCUCUGGGUUCAGAAAUAUACAUUAACCAAAGGACACAUUUUUGCUGCAUAAGGAGUUUUCAUAAUCUUGUUUGCUCAUGAUUGGAAUGUGGAUUUGGUUAUUAAGAAAUAACAAUAUAUUUUAUCCUUUUUUUUUUUUGUCAGACCUCUAACAAUCCCCAGCAUCACUCUUCCUCCAUCUGCUACGGAUGCUUUCAGUGCUGGCAAGUUCACAAUGAAGUUUGAAGGAGAUGAUUCUGUGGACACUGCUCCAAAAAGUGACCUUCUUGAAGAGGAAGAAAGAUAUCUUGAAGCUUUCAAGGUAAGCAGAGAUUGAAUGAACAUUCAGUUUCUUGCAAUUUCUGUCACACAUUGGCUUAGGUUCAUAAGAAAGUAACAUCUUUAUUCAUCUCAAUGCAAUGGCCUCCUUACUUGAAUGUAUAACUAAAGCUUGAAAUUAUAGUAACUAAUAUUAAUGACAAGUAAUGGUAGCCGGACUGAGUGGAAUCCAAUUCAGUCUGUAAUCAUACGAGUGAUUAACCCUUUCAGCCCUAAGAGUGAUCAGCAUGAAUUUUCUCUUUAUAAUGAUUAUCAAUGCUUUAGAAAACAGAGUGGUCAUGAGACUUGAGUACAUGAUCAGGGAAGAUGUGUCUAAUUGAUAUUUCAACAAAUUCUCCCCACUACGUCUAUUGAAAAAGUAUAGGGACUGUAAAUGAGAAUCUCAAUUUCAAUAUUAGGGUUUAAAGGGUUAACACAAUCAGAUGAUUGCAAAGCGGGAGUCCGAUUUGUUUAAUCUCAAAGUUUUGUUGCCAAUAAUAUUAAUCAUAACUUUAACAAAAUUUGUGAUAUACAAGGGUCUUUUUUUAAAUCAAAACACAAGAAAUUCCAAAAUUUUUUUUGCGAGCAGUGAAAAAAAGCUAUUUAUGUGCGUGCCUGAUGGCACGUACUAUCAUAUUAAGGCUGAAAUCAGGGCAGUUGAUAGCCAGUCAGAUUUGAGAAUUUUGUUAUAGUUAUGAUUAUAAUAAUAAUAACGAUAAUGACAAUGAUAAUAAUGGUGAUGAUACUGUAGUGAAUGUAAUAAAAAACACUUUUGUGUACUGUUGGGUCAAACCCUGUUAAUAUGGACAUUGAGGGGGACGUAGAAAGUGUCCAUAUUAACUGUGUGUUUGUAGGACUUUUUCCCCCCAGGGACAAACCAAACUGUCCAUAAUAAUGAGGUGUCUGUAUUAAUCGGGUGUCUGUAAAGCGAGGUUUGUCUGUUAAAAUUUUUCAAUCUCAUUUAAAUCUUUUAAUUUCUCCUUUUCCUUACAAUCUUGUACAUGCCUCAAUCAAUCAAAUAAAGGAAUUUUGUGUCAAAUGCUAAUCUAUGCAUACUUACAUGUAUGAAGGCCAAGACAUUUAACCCUUCAAGCCCUAAGAGUGAUCAGCAUCAAAUUUCUCCUUGUAAUAUCAAUGCUUUGUAAAACAGAGUGGUCAUGAGAAUCACAGACAUGAUCACACAAGAUGAAUUUGCUUGAUAUAAUAACUUCUCCCCACUACUUCUGUAGGAAAUGAAGUGGGGCAGCAAAUGAGAAUUCAAAGUUUGGUCUUAGGGUUUAAGGGUUUAAUUAAUGUACAGCACAUAAGAAGGCUUUACAUGUAGAUUUCUGAUUACUGAUCAUUUCUCUUCUAAUCAGAAGGCCAAAGAAUCCGGGACUCAGGUGCAAGUACCUGCUGCCCAGCCAGCUCAAGCUAAAAAUUGGGAGCCAUUGGGUGAACCAAUGGCACCUGUACCUGCCCCAACAUCAUCUCCUAGCGAUGACCUGUUGCAACUUAAUGCUGCAUUUUCAGUACAGCAAUCAAGCUCUACAGCUUUUUCGCAGAGUCCUGCCUUCCCACCUAGCCAGUCCUUCCCUGCAGCUCAAGGAUUUGGACAAAGCCCGGCAGUGUCCAAUGGCUUUGGUGGAGCACCCCAGGCAGGUCCUUGGGGAGGUUCUGCGGCAACUCCUGGUAAGAUUCAAUGUUUCAGCAUUAAACAUUUACUUGAAAACUGGAUUGAUGGGCAGUAACAUGGGUUUUGCAAAUGCGUAUAUAUCCAUUAAAACUUUUCCCACACUUUGCCUUCUUAGGUUUUCCCAGUAGUGCCUCUGCCAACCCUUUUGACAGCCAAACUAAUGAUGAUUUUGCUGCUGUGUUUGGUCAGCCAGCUGCCGUGGACAGUACUCCAGCCAUGGGUGACAUUCUAGUUCCUACUGUGUCUAGCACAGGGAAACCAGCACCAGCACCAGCAAUUCCUGUAGAAAAUAACGUGAACACGGAUCAGUCAGGGGGCGACUUACAUGCUAGCUUAAAUAGAGUUGCCAAGUCCUUAGGUGAGAUGCCACCGACGAGUCUACACGUACAUACAUGUUGUUACAUCUGCAGGCAUGCACUGUAACAGGGGUUUCAAUAAAAAUUGAAGUAGCCAGCAGGUUUGAGUAGAGUAACCGACUGAAUCAGCUAUUGGUCCCCUUUUUCUAGCGGGGGAGGUUGGGGGGGGGGGUCUGGGCUCUUUCUAACCCAGAAAAUUUUGAAAUUUCAAAGCCCUAAAAUGCGAUUUUUAGCGUUCUGGGGAAUAAAUUUGAGGACAAAAGAGUGUGUUUUUCAUUUUAAAAAAAUGUAGCGUUCAGUCUAUCAGUCACACAAAUCAAUUCCUACAAGCAAUGAACUAUAAUUGAUGAAAACUAAAUUAUGUACUUUUGCACGUAAACAAAUUCUGCGUAAACCUAUAAAGAAACUUGUGAAAAAAUGUCUGAAAAAUAGCAUUCACAUGACUAAAGCAUAACGUAAAACCAGUGGGCCUUUGUGAAAACACAUCAUAAUUAUGUUUUCAUUCGGAUUUUAUGAUAUAUUUUUUGUUUACAACAUUAUUCAAACUAGUUGCUUCUCCUCCUAGAAAGAAGUAGUGGACGUCUAUGAACAAAGUAGCUGUCGUCGCUGGUGCUUAUUGAAACCCCUGCUGUAAUAAAUUAUCGAACCCUUAUUAAUCAAUUUCUAGUAGUGCCAGAAAUUGUUUGAGUGUGAUGUGUUGAUUAUUUUUGUAAAUAGAGAAAACAAUAAAAAUUGCAUGCCUGCCUUGAAGCUGUAGAAUGAAGGAAUGAGGUUUUAGAGUCUAAAUUCCUCUGCAUUAGUGGAGGAGUGAAACACAACAAAUUACAUUGCCUGAGUUGAGCAAGUACAUAACCUUGUAUCUUCUACAACAAUUUCUCCAGGGUUCGUACAGGCCAUGGAAAACAUGGAAAGUCAUGGAAUUUAAUUGCCGUUCCUUGAAAGUCAUGGAAAAUUAAAGUUUUGUUUGGUAGAUUAGUUACUGCAGAUGACAAUGCAUUUUGGUGGAUACCAGAGUUUAUUUCUGUUUAACUGUUUGAGGUAAAAAAUAUGCUAAAAUGAGUAAAGUUUUGGGAAUUUUAGAAAAUGACAGCUAAACCCUAAGGUCAUGGAAAACUAGAAAAGGACAUGGAAAAAGUCAGGGAAAGUCAAGGAAUUUGAAGAACUCAAAGGAGUACAAACCCUGUCUAUGUUUCUCGUUUCCUCUUCUUAUACUGGCGUGAUAAUCCACUUGGGAUGUUGGGAGAACACUCGGAGAGCUUGUAAAUCACUCGCCUUCGGCCAGUGAUUUACAUGCUUUUCUCGUGUUCUCCGAACGUUCCGCGUGGGUUAUCAUGCUGGUAAACCCAUGGAAAGUGUUGUCUAUUGCUUAAAUAUUUUUGUAAUAUGUUUGUUCACAUGUGUUAGAUUCAUUGUCAUUCAAUGGUAACCUGAAGGGUCCAUCUGGUAAAGCACAACACCAGUGGACUGCACCAACACCUCAAAGCAAAACAGGUGGGCCAAACUGGCAGCCACCACCCACCUCAAGAAUGUCACUUCUCCAACCAGGAGUGCAGGGAGGUUUCAUGGGUGCUACUCAGCCUUCCGUGCAGCAACCAACUGGUUUUAGACCGCCUUUUGCAGCUCAGCCAAUGGGACAACCUUUCAUGGUGAGUAUUAAUAAUAAUGAUAAUGAUAAUAAUAAAUAAAUGAAUAAUAAUAAUAAUAAUAAUGAGUUUUUUUAUGGUACAUUGAUUCUUAGUGUGCUAGCUUGCGAAUACAGCCGUUUCUCCUUACUCCUUGCCGCUAGGGACGUUUCGCCAGGGGGAACAACUGCGCCGCAGCAACAAAAAUUCCAUACUGAUGACAUAAUAUCUUUCUAGAAUCUGGUCAGGAGCUCUGAUUGGUUGACAUAGUAGUUAUAUUGUUUUACCUACAUUUGUAUUGUUUAUGAAUGACUGAUUAAAGGCAAAAGUACACAAAGGUCAAAUGUAAACAGGGUCGUAAAUGUGAUGAAUUUACUAUAAAACAGUCAAUAUUCCUGGAAUGUAUUCUCUUUAGAAAAAGCAUGUGAUAUUUGCUGGAGCUCAUUUCCAGUAGAACACAAAAUUUAUCCUAAUCGAACAGGAGAAACAUAAAAUCAAACAAAUUUAAACUGUACAUUUUUUAACUCCAUGACUAUGGGAUUUAUUAUGUAAACAUUGAUUAAUGUCAUCAGUAUGGAAUUUCUGUCACUGUGGCGCAGACGUUCGUCCUGGCAAAACGUCCCUAGGUGUGAGGAGCAAGGAGAAACAGCUAUAUUUGCAGGCUAUCAAUGUGCUUACCAAGGUAAAUUGAAUUAAAUCUAAGUGAACUACUGUAUGUACAGUAAUAAAGUUAGGUUGAUACUCUUGUUAGAUCCCCAUCUACACAAGCAUAAUUAUUUUUGUUUGACAAUCUUUUGUGAUAAACAAGAGAGGGAACAUUGCCCAAAUAUGUGGCUAAUGUGCCGGAAAUAGUGGUGCUUCAGGAUUUAUGUCCAGAGUUUGAAGAGAUGGACAGUCAACAGUCAAUGUAUGGUCAAAAGAAGACUCUGUCUCAUUGAUGAAAUCCUUGGAUGACUGGACACCUUCUUUGGUCAUUUCUGAUGGAAAAUUUAGCUCUGAAGUUCUUAUUUUAGAUAUGGGCUCUGGUAAAGAAGUAUAGUUUGUACAACUUAUCACUUGAAAGUUGCUACAUAUCCAGAAUUGUAAAUGGUUUUCAAGCUCCCUCUUCUUAUGACUUAGUAACCAAGCCAGCAUCUGUGUGACAUCAUGUCUUGUGUGCAAGAAAAAUAACAAAUUUUCUUUACAAAAAUUACCGUGUAAUAGCACAUAAACUUUUGAGAAAGGUUGUCGGAAAAAAAGUUGCACUCAACAAUCCUGAAAGGUAAUAUGUGAUAUGAUCAAUACACUGUCCCUGACAUUGUAGCUGUCGAACCUAUUUUCGUGGCUUUCCUUUAGCACUUGCAAACAUCUGUGCGUGGCCUCUUUUGUGCUAUUUUAUCAAAUUUCUUAGAAGAACAGUGAACUCAAAAAUCACCCACAGUACCUUCCAGGACUUGUGCAUGCACUUUUUGUAACAACCUUUCUUGAUAUGGCUGUAAUCUUGUAUUUAUGGUAUGUAUCCGUUGUUGUUUUUUCCUCUGUAGCCUGGCCAACCAGGAGUGUUCCCUCAACAAGGCUCAUUUCCAUCUCAACCAUUUCAGCCACAGAGACCCACACAGCCCGCGUCGGACCCAUUUGGACCAAUACCUGGUAGUCAGGUAAUUUCUAUGUCCUUACACUUUGUUCAGGCCUUCUAUGAGAGUGCCAAAAUGUGAGAAAAUUGUGCUGAAUUUUUAUGAGGUCACUUAAUGCUGCAAAAAGGUUUAUUUUGCAGUCAAUUCUGCAAUUUCUCCGGACUAGAUUGGACAUAGAGCAUUUAUGGACACGAGAUUCUUGACAAAUUAAUUAGGACAUUAUUUUCAGAGGUUCUACUUCAUGGUUCCAUAGUGCUAAGUAAAAUUAUUAGCAUUUCGGUUUGAUAUUGAUCAAUCUUAACCACUCUAACAUUUUUCACAUUUUUUGUUACAGGUUAGAUUCUGAAUGUGAAACAUUCUGUGGUAUGACAGAUGAUAACUUAGCUGAUAGAUCUGUAAUAAGUCUUUUUACAUUGUACCUUUAAAGGGAUCUUAAGGUAGCAACAUUUGUAAUAGCCAAGCUAUUUUCAAAUAACGAGGUUUUGUAAUUCACGAUUAGGCUCCAUAACUCGUUCCCAGACUUUCUUUCAUGAACCCACACUGGGUGGCAUUCCCCACUUAAGUACGAGAAGGGAACUGGGGCUGAUAUUCGGGCCGCAAUUGUUUCUGGGAUGGUUUUAUUGGGAGGAGCCAGUCUGCUGUUGGCCAAUUUUUUUUCCCUUGCCUACGAACAAUCCCGGAAGUCUUUGCGGAAGUUAACUCGAUCCAGUUUUCUUGUCGUUGCUAAAGUGGGAGAUAGGGAGAAAAGUUUGAACAUGAAGUUAUCCGUGAGCAUACAGCCCUUACUCUGACAGGUAAAAUUGAUUCAGCUACUCCUGUAUCCAGAUAUUCUUUGACAUGGUUUGAAAACAUUUCAAUUGCUGUUACAUUAUUCAGUCGGCAGUUCAAGUCAGACGAUCAACCCCCUUUUCACUCUCAAGAGUUCUAAUAUCCAAAAUUAAGUGUCAAUUCUAGUUGUUAUCGUGUAAAAUACUUAAUAGAAAUAGUACAAAGUGAAGGUAGUCCUGAAGUGGUUUCAUUUUAAUGGUCACAGCAUAGGAUUUUAACCACAGAUUUACAAGAGGAAAAAUAAUAUUAAUAGGACCUCGUGAAAUGACUGCUAAAGAGGUUUCAUUUGAAUGGUCACACAGUAAGAUUUCAUCCACAUACUUUACAACCUAGUUAGGGUAGGUAAUAGUAUGAUUUGUAGUGAUGUUUGGCAUAAAUACCACGAGUGAUAUUUCAAAAUUGUUACACGUAAUUUCACGAGCCGUUGGGCGAGUGAAAUUUGAGACAAUUUCGAAAUAUCACGAGUAGUAUUUAUGCCAAAUAUCACAUACAGAUCAUGGUAUUAUUUGUUUAUACUACUACCUACAAAAGGUUUGUAAUUUUUACAUGUAGGUUUUUCAAAUUAAGCUGAAAUACCACUGCUCUAAGCCAAUCAAAUUGCAGAAAUAUCUCAUGCAGUAGUGUAAUACAGCUUAAUAAAUAGUUGUAUGUUAAAGGACUGCUAAAGGGAUUUCAUUUGUGGCUACACCUUUCGAUUUCAUCCACAGUCUCAAGGGUUAGAAUUACAUAAAGCUGCUGUAGAUGAAUAGUAUCAUGUGGAAGUACUGCUGAAGAGGUUUCAUUUGUACGGUAACACCAUAGGAUUUCAUCCACGGACUCAACAGUUAGAAGCACAUACUAAAUAAAUAUUACCAUGUGGAAGUACUGCUGAAGAGGUUUCAUUUGUAUAGUGACACCAUAGGAUUUAAUUCACAAACUCAAAAUGUAGAAAUACAAUUAUGUCUUCACUUUUGACUUUCGUAGGAACAAGUCCAACGCAAGUCGACCAUUAGGUUUCAAAAUAGUGGGAUAAAUGCAUAGAACUUAAAAAUUCAUGCGCCACUUCAGAAACGAGAGGAAAACUGGGGCUCGUUAACUUUCGCAAAGACUUCAAAUAAUCUCUGAGAGGAACCAUGUAUGUUUUAGUACAGUUUGUAAUAGAAAUUACAAGUUGUAUUGCUCCCGAUUGCCUCCAAACAAGACUUGCACGUUGAGUUUUGACUCCAGCCCUUUUUUACGGUGACACGGGCGAUUGAUAUUCGAAGGCAUCAAGCUUUUAUAUUGUUUGCAAUUUUCAUUGUUUUGACCUCAGUUUAAUUGGGGUGAGUUGUUGAUUUUGGAUUGCAUUAUCAAUUACCGCGUCAGGUAGUGAAAGCACAUGGGCUGUGCCUUGUGUCUGUGUAAAGCUGGACUUUAAUCUUGAUUUGUUAUGUUGUACUUGAAAGUGCAAUCCGACAAACCAUCAAUGACUUGUAGUUGUAGCAUUUAUUUUUCUGUAAACGUUCAUGUUUAUGUUAAAACUGCUAUGUAAAAUUAAAUUAUACUGAGACAUCUGUUAGCAUAUUCGCUUUUCUUUCUCUCCCAGUUACAUGUAUAACAGAGCUAGGGUCAGAUGUCAAACGAAAUAGACCUUAAAAUGCAUUUACCUGGAUCAUUGCGCAAGUGUCCAAAAUCGAAAUUCAUCAUUUGCAAAUCAAAAUAAGUGGAAUUAUGUGACAGACUGGUGGAGAAGUUUUUCGGUGGCCACACCAAAAGAUUUUGUCUGACAGUUUGACCUGGCUAGUACAUUACGUCUGAUUGGGUUCUGAUAAUUAAAUAUUAUUUUAUGACCUAGUGCGAAACAAAAACUAUUUAAUCAUUAGCACUGCACAGUCAUCAAGUUGGGAUUCUAAUCCUCUUUUAUACUAAGACAUCUGUUUCACAGGGUACCCAACGCGAUCCAGCGAGUUGCUUUAUGUUGUCUCAGGUUGCUGAAGUAAUUUGAUACAUAGGAAGGUAUAGCUUUUUAUGCAGGUACGGUUUAAAGUAUCGGGACACCUUAGCGCUUAAAGUAGUUAUGGACCUUAAGAUCCGAAGACGGCGAAGGCGGGAAACCCUGAUUAAAAAGUC